UCAGUGUCGAGUUCCCCCGAAACAAUGUCAGCGAAUCCACGUGGAUGCGGACGAAACGACGUCGGCUCCACCCGCAGAAAAUCCAUAUCUGACCGUGUUAGAGCCGCGCGUCGUUCCCCUACGGCGCAUCAAUUCCCGAUGAAUUGACGGACGGCGUCGCACAAAAUUCGAAGUGUACAACUACACAACACACAAACACAGCUGAUCGCAUCGUCGACCAGUCGACGUGGAGUCCUUCUGGUUUUCGGUAUGUCUUAUUCGGUGGUCGUUUUUCUAUCGGUGUUCGCUUUGGCCUUUGGAAGUUCGCCGGAGUUUCAACACAAACACCACAACAACGAGGAGCUGCUGAGGGUCUUGCAGGAAGUCAACGGGAAAUGCGACAACAUCACCAGAUUGUACACGCUGAGCGAGACCUCGGUCUUGGGGGUGCCGCUCUAUGUUAUCGAGUUCUCGACCAACCCCGGACACCAUGAACAGAUGAAACCUGAGUUUAAGUACAUUGGAAACAUGCACGGCAACGAAGUGCUCGGCAGAGAAUUGCUGUUGCAACUGGCGACCUACCUUUGCGACGAAUAUAUGGCUGGAAACGAGGAAAUUCAAAAUUUAAUCGAUAACACUCGCAUCCACUUGAUGCCCAGCAUGAACCCAGAUGGUUGGCAAUUGGCCACCGAUACAGGUGGUCAAGAUUAUUUAAUCGGUCGUCGGAAUAACAAUUCAGUCGACUUGAACAGAAACUUCCCCAACUUGGACAGAAUAAUGUACAGCAAUGAAGAAAAUCACGUUGACGUGAACAACCACCUUUUGGAUCAAAUUAGUAGACUGAAAGAACCUUUACAACCCGAGACAAAAGCUGUGAUACGUCUGAUAAUGCAAAUACCGUUCGUGUUAUCAGCCAAUCUCCAUGGCGGCGAUCUGGUUGCUAAUUAUCCCUACGACGAGAGCAGAACUGGCAUGCAAACUGAUGAAUACGCCGCCACUCCCGACGAUGAAACCUUUAAACAUCUGGCUCUUUCCUACUCAACACGUCACGCCGACAUGGCCAGUCCAUCUAGAAAGGGUUGCGGCGGCGACGUGGAUAGCAACAGGUUCGCCAAACAGGGUGGCAUUACCAACGGCGCCCAGUGGUACAGCUUGGAAGGAGGUAUGCAAGAUUUCAACUAUCUCUCCAGCAACGAUUUUGAACUGACCCUUGAACUGGGCUGUGACAAAUAUCCAGAUGCCAGUGUCUUGGCGCAGGAAUGGGAGAGGAAUAAAAAUGCGCUGAUCAACUUUAUCUGGCAGUCCCAUAUUGGCAUUAAGGGACUGGUUUAUAAUUACAUCACCAAAACGCCCAUCAGCAAUGCCGUUAUACAUGUGAAGAAUAUUACCAAUGGCCGGAAUGAUGAUAUUCAACAUGACAUUACUUCAGUUCAUGACGGAGAUUAUUUUCGAUUGUUGACCCCCGGAAAGUAUAAGGUUACCGCCUACAAGGACAAAUUUUGGCCACGUACAAAAAUUAUUGAGGUCGUAAAUCCGACGCACAAACCUGCAAUGAGGGUUGAUUUUCCUCUGAAGCCCAAAGACAAGCACCAUUCUAAUGAUCAAACUGUUAUAACAAUCCACACACGUAAACAUCACAACAAAUUUAUUUUCAGUUAGACUUUAGUUGCACAAAUGUAUGUCUUUUGUGUCUGUAGGAUUGAUCCCACCAAAUUGGGGCGACAACGUUGGAAUCCUUCGAAAUCAAGCUGGCAAUUGGGAAUGGGCUUUCGAUCCUGUAGCAAUUGAGUAAAAAAACAAAAAAGUGAUUCCAAUUCAAUACUUCUAUUAUUGUUAAUUUUGAGCACAAAUUGUAAUAGUUUACGAAAACCUGUUAUUUUAAGUACAAUAGAAUAUAGUAUUAUCAGUAAGUGAAUAAAGACAUUUUAAUUUUA